CUCUCUUUUUUUUUACAAUGAAGUAUUUCUCGUGAUCAAUGUUUAGUAAAUUUUGUUUUGUUUUUUAAUUGUAAGAAAUUAUUAUAAUAUUACGGUCUGUCGAUUUUAAUUAGAUUUAAGACACAUACAAAUUGUUUUCUAGUUUUUUCCCCUUCAAAUUUUCGUUUCCGAAUAGCCGAAACUAUCUAAUUCUAAUUACAUCACAGAAUGUUAUGAGUUCUUCUUUUUUUUCAUUAUUGAUUAAAAAACCAGUUGAUAAAUAAAUUGGGUAUCAACUGAUGGAAAUGACUACCCAAAACACAUUGAAAUGGUCUUGCGACAUGUGUACAUAUGACAAUUACCAUUCGUCAUUAAAGUGCGUCAUGUGCAGGACUCCAAAAAGGCAAUUAUCCCAAACCCAAGAUAUUUAUAGCCUACGUGAUGAACUCGCAGAACCACCCCAACCACAAUUAAUUGAAGCAUCUGGUGAAAUCAGCAAGUGUGAUAAAGUUACAGAGAGUAGUGUCGUUAGUGCAUUAAAUGAACAAUUUAAUACUGAUUUAAAGAUUAGCGCGAGAUCUAAUUCCCCAGAAAAUGAAGAAGCUUCAUCUAGUUUAGAAGCCCGGGCACUUUCCAAAUGGUCUUGUUCUGCGUGCACUUAUCAAAACUGGCCUAAGAGUUCCAAAUGUGUUAUGUGUGGAACAAGAGGUCCUCGCAAAACAUCUCCAUCCCCUGAUCACACAAUUAGUGAACCUCUUACUAUAGUUACAAAACGAGUUAAAUCACCAGAGAAAGAUCUGGCAGCUACUUUUAAUACUGAUUCUAAUAUAUGUAGUUUAAAAAGGUCUUCAUCAAGAAGGCGUUUAGAUGAAGUCAACAGCAAUUAUGAUCGUGCUUGGCUUGCUGCUUGUGUUGGUGUAGUACAAGGGGAUUGGAGUCCCAUCGCAGCAUAUUUACAAGCUGGUGGUGAUCCAACAAGGUCAUUGACAUCAACUGAAGUAACAUUACUUAAUAGACCAUCAGCAUUUGAUACUGGACAUACAUUGGUUCACUUGGCUGUGAGGUUUCAUCGGGAAGAAAUUUUGGCUAAACUUUUAAACGAAAUUAAUGCAACUAGUAGCUCAACAACCGUCAAACGAGUACCUUCUCAUGUAGCUCAUCAACUUGCUGAUGAGAUUGGAAGACAUUUUCUCUCGACGAUUCGUGUGAGAAAAUCACUUAUGCCUUGUCCUUUUGUAACAGAAUUUGCAACAUUUUCCUUACCCUAUGAAAUUGAAGAACUACCUCGGCUUGUACAAAGGCAACUACUUGAUGAACUACUCGACCGUAAUGUUCAGCAAGAGUUGGAAAUAGAAGAAGUACCACCUGUAAUCAAUUGGUCGACAGAAGUGUGUGACGAUCUAGGUUCAAGACUGUAUGCCCUUUGGAACCGUUCAGCGGGUGAUUGUUUGUUAGAUUCAUUGAUGCAGUCGACCUGGGGUAUUUUCGACAAGGAUAAUAUACUUAGGAAAGCAUUGGCUGACUGUUUACAUGAAAGUAACAUGUUGUUUUAUCCAAGAUGGAAAGAGUAUGAGGCAUGGCAAGCCAAACAAUUAGAGUUUUGCUUAGAUGAGUAUCAAUGGGCCGAGGAUUGGGCUGCAUUAGUUUCUCAAGCAGAAAGACCGGGAUCGAGCUUAGCUCAGCUUCAUGUAUUUGCACUUGCCCAUGUUUUGCGUAGACCAAUAAUUGUAUACGCUGUUAAAUAUGUGAAAAAUUAUCGCGGCGACCGAUUAGGCUAUACCAAUUUUGAAGGUGUUUACUUACCUCUUUUGUGGGAGCCAAGUUUUUGUAUCAAAUCACCAAUAACAUUGGCAUACACUCGAGGCCAUUUUUCUUCACUUGUACCUGUAGAACCCCUACCACGUGGAAAAAGCACCACAUAUUUACCUCUGGUUGAUCACGAUCAUAAAUUGUUGCCAAUACAUUUUGUUACAAAAUCUGAAAUGGGUCACGAAGAGAAUAUCUUAAGGCAAUGGUUAGAUGUUUGCUUAACAGACAAUGGCUUACUACUAGCCAGACAACGCUUGCAUAAACGUCCAUUGUUGGUCGCUCAAAUGCUCGAAGAAUGGUUAAACUACUAUAGAAAGCAAGCUCAAAUGACAAUCACACCUUUCACAAGACCUAUUUCAAUACAAGACUAUUCUAGUGAAGGAGAUUCUGAUCAGGAAUAAUAAUAAGCGAUCGCGCUUUGCCAGUGUAGUAAGUUCCCUAUAUUACAAUACUUAAUGAUGUACAAAUAAAUCUUUAUAUCUCAAUAGUUUUAUGAUUAUUCAAGCUUAUCACUAAGUCUUUUCUUUUUUUAAACAUUCAUAGAAAGGAAAUAGGUUACUUGUUGUCUGUCAUAACAAGGUUAAAAUAUAUCAUCUGCUCUGCUAUGUUAUUUUAAACAAAGCUCAUUAGGUGUUUCACUAAGUAGCAUUUCCAUUGAAUAACUUCCUACGUUAAAUAAUAAUAACAUUAAAAUAAGAUUUAACUGAUAAUUAUUCUCAAUAAAUUACACCUUACAUAAAAUAAUAAAAAUAUGUGUCGUCUUUUAAAUUCAUUUGGUAGUUUCGAUAUCAGAUAAUUUAUGUAUUAUUAUUAUUUAAAGAUAUUUAGGUAUUAUAGAUUAUUUUUUAUGAAUUGAGAUGUAUACAAACUUGGUUUUCAAACACAAAUUCUACGUAUAUUAAUAUAGAUAUUAUAAUAUAAUAAUUAUUGAUAAUAAAUAUUUGUGAUAACUUUAAAUCUUUAAGUGAAAGAAAUUAUUUACAUAUUUCAAAUAUAUUUAGAAAACAGGUUUCGCAUGAUAGAAACCAAUGUUCCCGACGCUUAUGCGAUAUAUUAGGCUUUUGAAUCAAAAUAAUUGAAGUUUUUUAAAUUAAAAUCUUUAAUUAAAUAUAAAAUUUUAGACAAACUAUUCUAAUUCUAGUCAACAUCUAAUAAAUCUUGUACGAUGAGAAUAAAUAUGUUCGAAGCUUUUUAAUAGGAUGUUUCCACCCAAAGUAUUCUAGUCUCCUCAGAUUAUAAAAUCAUACAUCAUAUAGAUGAUUAUUGCUUAUCAUCAGCCUUUAAAUUGCUUGGGGUAACUCAAAAACUAAAAUUGUUUAUAACAUCUACAUUCUCUUUAAUAAAUAUAUAUAACUGACAUUUUUACUCUGGUAUUACUUUUUUACAAGCUUUAUUUUUAAAGCACUGCCAGCAGAUAAACUAUUAUAUUGCAGAUAUUAAAUUUUUAAGAUAAAUAAUUCCGUUCUAUGAGCUUUUGUGUAAUUUUAAUAAUAAAUUGUACUUAAAUCUUAACAUAAUUAUUGUACAAUAUUAAGCUCAAAAAAAAAACUUCCGUUGUAAUGUAACUUAAAGAUAUUAUAUACUAAAUAUGUAUAUACACUAUGAUUCUCCCCUGAUUUGUGUAAUAAAUGAUUUUGAUGAACAAUUAUAAAUUUUAUCGAUAAUAUUAUUAAUAAACAAUAACAUAUAUUUUUUAUCUCUAGAAAAAUAAUUAUUGUUUAAUCAAUAAAUUCUUGUUUCUUUAUUUGUAACUUUUUUGUAAAUUAAAAAUGUGUUGUACAAUACUUUAAUAUUACUACCAUAAUAUUAUUGAUAUUAAGCCGCAGUGGUAAAACCCCAAAGUUCUGUAUGUUUAAUAUUUAUUAAUAUUUACAAUAUUUGUUCACAUAAAUAUGUUGCUACUCCACCUGCACAAAAUUUAUUUUUGUUUAUAAAUAAUUAUUCAAUAUUAUAUUAUUUUACAAUACAACAACUUCAAUAUUGUAGUUGUUGUGCAAGGAUUCACCUAGCAUAAAUUCUGAUUUAUUAGGUUUGUGAACCUUUGUGAAAUAGCUUAACAAAAAUGCCGUUAUGUGAAAAUUAUAAUAUGUAAAAACAUGUUACAUAAACCAAUAUAAGACAAACUUAAUUGUAAUUUAUUUAUGAUUGUGGGAAUAUUAAAAAGCCCCUAUUUUAUUUUCUAACUAUUGAAUUCAAUAUAACAUACAAGUCAAUAUAUAAAAUGAUAGUUUGAUAAUUACUAUGAUAAUUUAUCAAUUACGUUCACAACUAUUCAUCAACAGUUAAUUCUACCUUAUUUAAUUAUAAACGCAUACAAUAAAGGUAACAGUUAAAAAAAGUUUAUACCUACCGUAAUAAAAAAAAUAAACAGAAUAAACAUGAAAAAUCAGAUCAAAACAUGCACUGUCGUUUUUUUUUUUUUUUUUUGUAACUGUUUUUAUUAAAUUUUAAUGUUAUUUAAUUUAAUCGUAAUGGGUAAAAUUACUGUGUUAGCGUGAAUAAUUGUUUAUAUCAUUUUAGUUACGGGUGUUUUAUGAUUGAAAUGUAUAAAUAAAAUAUGUAAUUAAUUUUGGGAACUUUUUUUUUCAAAUUAUUGGUUGUGAAUGUAUUUACAGUCAAGUAAUUUUACACAUAAAUCGACGAAUAACCAAAAAUAUGUUACAAUUAGGUUUCACCUUAUGAAUCAAGAUCCAAAUGUAUUUAUUUAUUAUGUUCUUGUAGACUAUUCAAAUGGUGGUAAAGAUUUUUACAAUAAACCGUGUAUGUAAACUAGUAAUGUAUAAUCAAUAAUAUAAAGGACAACAAUUCUCAAUAAUAAAAAUACUUUUAAGAUUUAAUUCUAUUGUUAUUUUAGUGUAAUUUGUAAUAUUAUGUUGUCAAUAUAAAUUCUUGUAUAGAUGAUUAUUGAUUACAUAUUUUGCUUUAACAUAUUGUAGUCAAAAGGUAAUUACUAUUUUUUUAGUUUAAUGGAUAUUAUGAUUAUAUUUGUUGUAAAUAUUUACAUUGGGGUUAGAAUUGUUGGUGACACUUGUCGUUAAGUGAUUAUUUGGGAUUUUGUUGAUAUAUUUUUGUUGAUGUAUAAACAAAUAAAAUGGAAAAUGUGUUAUUUAAA